AUGCUGUUACAUAAUUUGUCUCAACCGAAAUUAUGCAAUAGUACAAGAUUAAUUGUGCACGAACUCAUGAAGAACUGCAUUGAGGCCAAUAUUCUCACUGGUUGUGGUAAAGGCGAGACCGUCUACACUCCUCGCAUACCAGUUAUACCAUCUAAUGUCCCAUUCCAAUUCAAGCGGUUAUUAUUGUUUCCUAUCGAAGCUUCUUUUGCCAUGAGCAUUAAUAAAAGCCAGGGACAAACGCUAAAAGUUGCUGGAUUGCAUCUUGAACAACCAAGCUUUUCCCAUAACCAACUUUAUGUAGGAGCAUCUCAUGUGGGAGCUAAAACAAAGCUCUUUUAA